AUGGAGCACUACACAUUUUUUACAAGAAAGAAGAGUUUUAAUGAGUCAUUUUAUACAUUUUAUGCUGACCUAUGGAAUCUUGUAAAAAGUUGUGGCAUUGGUGAAGUUGAAAACAAGUUACUCGGUACAAACAAUGUAGAUCUUCAAUCAAAAUUGCUAAGAGAAGACUAUACCAUAGAGAAACUAGUGAGCUAUUGUCAAGCAAUAGAACAAGCAAAAAUUAAUAAACAAAUAUUACUUCAAAAUAAUAAGAGGGAACUCAACAUAGUGGUUCAAAAGGAAAAUAAAUUUGGUGGGCCAGUGAAACAUUCAGUAGGAAAAAGGCAGAAUAAAGGAGAGCAGCCUAACAGUUAAUGGUUGAAAACACAAACAACCAAUGGAGAUAUUAAACUAGUGAAAUUUAGCUGUUAAAAAUGUGGUAAGUUACAUGGCACAAAUGAGUAUCCUGCUUAUAAUAGAUUUUAAUUUAUGUGGUUGUAAGAAUAAUUUUGCAAUAAUAUGUAAAAAUAAAAAAAAAAAAUAAAAAUAAGCAGGUUAAUUUGGCAGAAGGAGAGUGUAAAAUGUAUGAAUAUUUAAAUUUAAAUGAAAUUAAUGUAGGGGUACAUAACAUGUGGAUCAAAUGAAGAUAAACAAUUUAAAUGUUGAGAUAAAGCUGAAUACAGGCACUCAGCUAAAUGUGAUAUUACAUGAAUUUUAAAAAAAAUUAGAAAUACAACUUAAAAGUAGUGCAGUGCUCUUAAAAACUUUUGGUGGAUUUAAAAUUAAGUCAUUAGGCAAAGUUGUCAUUGAAGUAAUAAUCAAAAAGUGUAAGGCUAGUGUAGUAUUUGAAAUAGUCAACUGACAACUAUAAAGGGAUACCAAUUUUAGGGCUCAGUGAUUGCAAGAACAUGAAUUAUACAAUUUAUGAUUUAGGUGAGUUGAGUGCUAUAGACAAAAAAGAAAAGUUCAUAAUAGAUCAUUUUGAUGUGUUUAAUAGAGUGGGAAUGUUUCCAGAUAACAAUAAAGGAAAAUAGUGUACCUGCAACUAAUUAGCCUAAAAGGACACUAAUAAAGUUAAUUGGAAAACUGAAGGAAUUAAUUAAAAAGUUGUGUAAACAAAAAAUUAUAGAAAAAAGUCAAAAACCUAGUGAGUGACCACAUAAGUUAGUUACUAUUGAAAAACCAAAUAAGUCUUGGAUCUAAUAAUAUUCUUAAUGUGAUUAGAUCCAAGAGAUUUGAAUAAAUAUAUAUUUAGGGAAAUGGUGUAAAUACCUACAGUGGAUGAAAUAAGGGAUAAAUUGUUUGGAAAAAGUAUUUUACAUUGCUUGAUCUGAAGGAUGGAUUUUACCAGUGUGAGUUGGUGGAUGACUCAAAAAAUUACUGUGCUUUUUGUACUUUAUUUGGAACAUAUUAUUUUAAGAGAUUGCCUUUUGGUCUAACAAAUGCCCCAGAAAUUUUCUAACGAUAAACUUAUAGAUAUUUUGGAAAUAUCAAAAAUGUCUGGGUAUAAUUUGAUAACCUAUUAGUAAUUGAAGAAACUUUAGAGGAACAUAAUAAGACAUUAAAAGAGGUAAUUGAUCAGGCGAGAAAUUUAAAUAUCAAGUUCAAUCCUUACAAAUUACAGUUUGAAAGAAAUAAAGUGAAAUAUUUAGGAAUGGCAUUCAAUAGAAAAAGAAUAGCAUCUGAUGCUGAUAGGGUUAAAGCAAUUAUGGAACUAAAAGAGCCAGAGAAAAUUAAACAAUUACAAUCAUUAUUAAGAAUGAUAAACUAUCUUUGGAUAUUUAUACCUAAUAUUUCAGAACUAGUUGAGCCAUUGAGAGGACAACUAAAAAAGGAGGUAUUAUGGGAAUAA